UGAAAAUAAAGUUACUGGCGCCGCGGAGCCGUUCGAAUGUCAUCAUCAUUGACAAAUUGGGCUUCACAAAUCAUUGAAAAUAUUUCGCAGCUCAUCCUGACGUUUGUUUCUCUCGAUGACCAAAUCGUCUUGCUCUCUCUUUCUCCUUCAGUGGCCGGGAUUUCGAAGGCGGCUAUGGAGGACUUUGAGACUGCAGCACCGUACACUCUCCUAGGGUUUCUUAUACGAGGCGGCGAUGGCGAUUAUAGUGGAUUUAUGAUGGAUUACGCGGAGAGGGUGAAGAACGCGCUGCUAUGGGUGGGGCUUUUCUCGAUUACCUUCUUGCUUUUGCAGAAGCUUGCGAGGCUGGUGAGGUUAUGGGGUCAAGGGAGCAGAAUUCCUGGCCCUCCUUCUCCUUCCUUCUUUGGCCACUCUAAGCUUAUUGCCGAUCGCGCGGUUGGUCAAAAUAUGAUUGGUUAUUUAUCCAAGGUGCAUGAGAAGUAUGGACCCAUUGUGAGAUUAUGGAUGGGACCUACUCAGAUGCUAAUCUCAGUGAAGGAUAUUGCAAUGAUUGAAGAAAUGCUUGUGAAGGCAGAGGAUAAAUUACCACUGAUUGGAAGGGCAUUUCGCCUUGCUUUUGGUAGAUCCACACUUUUUGUCUCCUCCUUCAAUAAGGCCCGAAGAACACGGGAAUCCUUGGAAGUAUAUAUGAACAAGAAUCUGCUUGAGAGAUUGAAUCAAGUUCCUGGAAAGGUUGUUGAACAUGUCUUGGAAAGAUUUGUUUCUAUUAUCGCUAAAGAUGUUCCUGAUAGCAGACAGGUUUCUGAGCACAUGGCAUCUUACAUCCUUGGAGCUUCAAUGUUUGGUGAUGCUUUUUUGAACUGGUCAAAUGCAAGUCUGUAUGAAGAGCUUCUUGUUACAGUUGCUAAGGAGGCAUGCUUCUGGGAUUCGUAUAGGAUUCCUCCUUUUUGGAGCAGGAGAUAUAGGAGGUACCAUUUUUUAUGCACAAGGCUGAAGGAAUUGAACAAAGAUAUUAUUGGUGAAAGUAUGAAAAGUAGAAACGUUGCUGGAAAAGAGGAUGGUACCACAGUGUUUAUAGAUGCUAUAAUGUUUGGAGGGAGCUUGUUCCAUGGGAAGACAAAAAAACAUCAUUUUUCAGACGAGGAACAAUGUGAUAAUAUCUUAGGUUUGAUUUUCCAUGGUUUUUUAACCACUGCAAGCUUGAUUAGCAGCAUUCUAACAAGGCUUGCACUACAUCCGGAACUGCAAGAGAAUAUUUAUUGGGAAAUUAUUUCUUUGAAAAAAACGAGCAAAUUUGAUCCGUCUGAUGUGCAAAAGAUGAAUUUUUUGUUGGCGACUAUGUAUGAAUCGGCUCGCCUCCUACCACCUGGACCUUUGCUUCAGAGAUGUUCUCUAAAUCAUGAUUUGAAACUUAAAUCCGGUAUAACAGUACCAGCAGGAGCAAUUAUUGUCGUUCCUCUGCCACUAGUUCAUAUGGAUUAUUCAGUCUGGGGGAAGGAUGCUGAUCAGUUUUAUCCUCAGCAUUUUAUACCAAAGACUUGCUCACAUAAAGAUGGCAUGUUAGAUGAGCAUGAGGCUUCAAAAGAAAUUACAAGUGAACUGCAAAUAGAUGGGUCAUUUCUUUCUUUUGGUUCUGGUGCAAGAUCAUGUGUUGGGCAGAAGUUUGUUAUACUCGCACUUUCAGCAUUGUUUGCAUCAUUGCUUGAUAGUUAUGAGAUAAGGCUUCAUCCUGGAUCUGACAAUGAUCCCAAGGCCAGAUUAGAUGGAUGCUGUGUUCAGCUUCACCCCAGCCCUAAUAUUGUCUUCAUCAAAAGAAACAAGACUUGAACAUCUCAUAUUCUCAAAAAUAGAUCAAAUAAUCAGAUAAGAAAAUUUGCAGGCGCAUUGUGGUGUCCUCUACAUGGACAAACCAGACUGAAAGGAACUUGUUUGAUUAUGCUUUUGACUGUUUCUCCUCCCAAGUUUUUAACAGCUCCCAGAGAUCUUUUCCGUUCCUUCCUAAGAACAUGGAAGUUGUUGGAAGCUGUUACACCAAGAGGAAUGCUUGUUUUUGGAUUUCCAAGUGUUUUUCCUCCAUAGGAGUUUGUUGUAAAAGUUUAUGGCUUUGGCCUUUGUGUGAUUCCAAACUUCAAAAACUUAUAAAUAUGUAUAUUUAGUUCAAGUCAAGAACAUAGUAUGGUGGAAUGGAUAGAAAAAUAAGACUUUUUGUAUAGAAUAAGUUGAAUGGUUGUUUGUCUCAUUGAGCAUCUACUAUAGCAGUGUUAGUAGUUUCUAGA